AUGUCAUAUGACGACAAAUAUAGACACUUCUCCAUGGCAAAGAUGAGACAAGUUUUAAAUAUUUACAAUAGCCGUAAACAAAAAGGUUUGGGAAACCACUCCCCCGAAGAAAUGAAAAACAACCCUGACUUAGAGAAAGACUAUAUAUUUAAUAGUUUAGUCAAAAGAGACAAACAAGAAAGAAUGCCAGGCUUCAAACUUCAGAAAGGUGACAAAGUAAAAAUAGAAAUACCUAAACGCGACCCAUAUGAAAAUACUAUUGACUAUGACAACAAUGGGAACUCGACAGGUACUCACAUUCGUGUUCGUAAAAAUAGAAGAAAGUAUACAAGAGAAUAUUAUGAAGUUUUAGGCAAACAUGGCAAAAUGUACAGACUGCAAGCAGAAGAUAAAACUACUAUUGUCAGACCUCGUUUCAAACUUGUCAAAGUUCAAGGUGGUAUACUUUCAAAGACAGUUCCUAACAAAUAUAAGACAACUCCUGACGAAUAUGCUAAAGAAGUUGAAAAUGACGACUAA